GUAUACCUAUCCUCAUUCAUUCUUCUGCUCAGCUGUAGGAUUAAUCCAGGAAAUUUCAUCCGUUGUUAGAAGAGGGUGUUUGGUAGUGAAGAUGCUGAGAUGAAACCAAUACACAGAGGAGAUUGAAAAAGGGAGACGACAAAAGAGCUGAUUGAAGAAAGGGUAGAGUUAUAGGACGCAGAGUCACCGCCAAUCAUUGCAAUGUGAUUGAAGAGCGACAGAGAGGACGCAACGCCGGCUGGGGAUGUGCGUGGAGGAGUCGCUUGGUAUCUAAGGUCAAGCGACUUGAAAGUGUCAAGGACGGACGGUCCUCUAUCCCGAGCACCAUGGACUGCAUGUCGUUGUUUGACCACCACGUCUGCUCAGGUGUUUGUGGCUGCUGUGGGGCGCUGCGUCCGCGCUACAAGAGGCUAGUCGAUAACAUCUUCCCAGAAGAUUCAGAGGAUGGCCUGGUCAAGUCAAACAUGGAGAAGCUGACAUUCUACGCUCUAUCGGCCCCGGAGAAGCUGGACCGGAUUGGGGCUUACUUAUCUGAGCGACUAAGUCGAGAUGUGGCCAGGCACCGCUAUGGCUAUGUCUGCAUUGCCAUGGAGGCCCUGGACCAGCUCCUGAUGGCCUGUCACUGUCAGAGCAUCAACCUGUUCGUGGAGAGCUUUCUCAAGAUGGUGGCCAAGCUCUUAGAAUCAGAAAAGCCAAACCUCCAGAUUCUAGGAACCAACUCGUUUGUAAAGUUUGCAAACAUCGAAGAGGACACCCCCUCCUACCAUCGCAGCUACGACUUCUUUGUGUCUCGCUUCAGUGAAAUGUGCCACUCCAGCUACGAUGAUGUGGAGACAAGGACCAAGAUCCGGUUGUCCGGGAUUAAGGGCCUCCAGGGCGUUGUGAGGAAAACUGUGAACGAUGAACUUCAGGCCAACAUCUGGGAGCCCCAACACAUGGAUAAGAUCGUGCCGUCGCUGCUCUACAAUCUCCAGCAAGUGGAGGAGACAGAGAGCCGCUCUCCAUCGCCACUGCAGAGCACAGACAAGGAGAAGGAGAAUCCAGCAGAGUUGGCAGAGAGAUGUCUGAGGGAGCUGCUGGGCAGAGCGGCCUACGGCAACAUCAAGAACGCCAUCAAGCCUGUUCUCAUGCACCUUGAUAACCAUACCUUGUGGGAACCUAAAGUCUUCGCUGUGCGAUGCUUCAAGAUAAUCAUGUACUCCAUUCAGCCCCAGCACUCACAUCUGGUGAUCCAGCAACUGCUCAGUCACUUGGAUGCGAACAGCAAGAGUGCUGCCACCAUACGGGCAGGGAUUGUGGAGGUCUUGUCUGAGGCCGCGGUCAUAGCUGCCACGGGUCCAGUUGGCCCUACGGUCCUGGAAGUGUUCAACACUCUUCUGAGGCAGCUGCGAUUGAGCAUCGACUAUGAACUGACGGGCAGCUACGAUUCUGCCAUCAACAUAGGUAUCAAGAUCAUCAAAGAGCAUGAAGAAAGGAUGUUCCAGGAGGCUGUCAUCAAGACUAUAGGUUCAUUUGCCAGCACUCUGCCCACUUACCAAAGGUCAGAGGUCAUGCUGUUUAUCAUGGGAAAAGUGCCACUUCCUUCAGUGCAUCAUAGCAUGGAACCUGGAAGAGCAGGAGAAAACAGAAAUCGUCUCAUCCAGGUCAUGCUUCUGAAGUCACUUCUUCAGGUGUCCCUGGGCUUCCAGUGUAAUAAUAUGCUGACCGCAUUGCCCAGCUCUUUCCUUGACCCGCUGCUGUCUUCCGCCUUGAUGGAAGACGCUGAGCUCCGACUGUUUGUGCUGGAAAUUCUCGUCUCAUUGAUAGACCGCCGCGGGAACAGGCACAAGUUUUCCACCAUCAGUACAGUCCCGGAUAUCUCUGUCCUGAAACUGAAGGUGGAUAAGUGUUCCAGGCCGGAUACACUGUUCAUGAAGAAGCAUUCCCAUCACCUAUACCAGCACAUCUACCUGAGCUGCAAUGACCCCAGCAAUGUCCAGGCCCACUAUGAAGCUCUGUACGCAUUACUUGUCAUGAUCAGCAUUGAAUUGGCCACUGAGGAAGUGGUGGUGGAUCUUGUCCGACUGGUACUCGCUGUGCAGGACUUGGCCCUGACUAACGAGGACAACCUUCCAGCAUACAAUCGAUGUGCCCUGCACGCCCUCUGCGCUGCUUAUCUGAACCUGAUCAGCCAGCUCACCACAGUGCCCGCCUUCUGCCAACAUAUUAAUGAGGUGAUAGAGAUGAGGAAGAAAGAUGCUCCAUAUUUACUACCGGAAGACGUCUUUGAGGAAAAGCCAAGGUGGUCGAAGAAUGUUGAUCAGAUUGAUAUGGAGCUGCUGUUCCUGCAGAGUAAAGUCAGUGAGGUCCUGGGGGGAAGCGGUUAUAACUCCGACAGGCUAAGCACACCCUAUGUUCCCCAGCUAACAGAUGAAGACCGAUUGUCGAAGAGAAAGAGUAUCGGAGAGACAAUAUCCCUGCAGGUGGAAGUGGAGUCGCGGAACAGUCCGGAGAAGGAGGAGAAAGCUCCAGCUGAAGAGAUAACCUUUGAGACAUUAAAAAAUGCAAUAGUGGACAGUGUGGCCGUGGAAGAACGAGAGCGUGAGCGAAGGCGGCAGGUGGUUGAGAAGUUCCAGAAGGCUCCGUUUGAGGAAAUCGCUGCUCAUUGUGGGGCCAGGGCCUCGUUGCUGCAGAGUAAACUAAACCAAAUCUUUGAGCUGACUAUACGCCCCCCUCCGAGUCCUUCGGGCACCAUCACGGCAGCAUUCGGGCAGACACAGAACCACUCGAUUCCUGUCUACGAGAUGAAGUUCCCUGACCUUUGCGUCUACUGACUGAACAAUAAGAGCUGACAGAGUACAGCCACCUUUUCUUCCCAUCGUUAGCAUGUUCCUCUCAAUGCGAGAGACCUGCAGUGUUGGUACGGGAAUCCUCCCUCUUCCACUCCAGCAGCACCCGGUGCCAGAUUGCCGCUAUAUGCUCAGAUGUUCCUCUGUUUGCACUAAACCCUGUGGAUGUCCUCUCCAUACAUUAAGCUGCUUUGUUCUUGUAAGCAGGAUGUACAGCCAGAAGAGAUACAUAAGGACACUUCCUUUAAUUCUGUAAUGUAUAGUAUGUAUAGUACUCUUGUGGGUCACUAAUGAGAUUUAGGCGGGUCCUUUACAGUAGUCAGUGAUAGAGGGCGGCAUCGUGUUGGGCUUAUUUAAUCCCCCAUUCACACUUCCGUGGGUAAAAACCAUUGGGUUUUAAUAUGUAUUUAUAACACAAAGUUUUGUAUUGCACUGCUUCUGUGAUUCAGACAUAUAGCAACACCAGCUGGGUGAAGCAGGAGAUGUUAAUGCUGAUAUCUUUUGGGGGAAGGAAAAGUGGUCAUCGGGGCAGAGGGACCCGGUGAGGUGCAAAAGAAGGGUUGAGUUUACAUGAGAGUUGGUUAGUGUUAGGAUUACAAGCAGGGAUAUAGGCAGAGAUAGUGUUAAAGCUGAAUUCCAGGAAUUCAGCUACUUUACAAAAAAUUAAGACACAAUAUGAGUUAAAGAGGAGCUCCAGGCUCCCCACAAAAAAUAAAAGACAGCAGCUACAAAUUCUGUAAGAAUUUAAGAACACUUACCUGUCCAGGGAUCCAACAAUCUCCUCACUAGAGCCGAUUCUUCGAAUUGGCUUUAGGUGCAGGCACCGGCAUCUUGAGUAAGGGAAACCGGUAGUGAAGCCUCGGCCAGUUUCGUACUUUGCAUGUGCGAUCGACACUGUGCUUUGUGAGUGAUCCGGUCCCGCAGUCUUCUGGGACUGGUGAUGUGUCCCAGAAAGCUGCUGGAAAGAAGGGCGAUUGUUGCGGCGCAUCUGGUUGGAAUUAAGAGUGGGUACCUGUCAAAACCAGGUACCCGCUACCCACUUUCCCCCAAAAAGUGCCAAAUGUAGCAGUAGAAGGGGGGGGUGUAAACAGCCCUUUUUGGGUCAAGUUCCGCUUUAAGUCCAGCAUGACACCCCCUGGGCUUAUCUCUAUUAUGUAUAUCUAACA